GUCCUUUGCCUCUUCUAACAUGGCGCUCUGGACGAAACCUAUCGGACCGAGGAGAACGCGGUACAAGCUCCUCCCAAUUCCCUCUUCGAAGUUGACGUCACAGCACCUCCGAAAGGUUUAGAGGGUUUGAUUGGCAGAAGCGACUAUCCAGCCAGGUGGCGCGGAGGAGAGGAAUAGAGAUGGACAUCCAAUCAGAAGAGAGACUGAGUCUGACAGCUGAGCUGCGAUGGGCGGGGUUGCUGUGCCUUGGACUGGAGACGAGGUUUUGUGGUGCCACUGCAAGAUGAGCCGAUUUCUGAAUGUGCUCCGUAGCUGGCUAGUUAUGGUGUCCAUCAUUGCCAUGGGAAACACAGUGCAAAGCUUCAGAGAUCACAGCUUCCUCUCUGAGAAACUGUACACUGGCAAACCAAGCCUUGUAAAUGGCCUCCAGGCUCGGACCUUUGGUAUCUGGACUCUGCUGUCAUCUGUGAUUCGCUGCUACUGUGCCAUUGAUAUCCGCAACAAGACCCUCUAUAACAUCACACUUCUGACCUUCUUCAUUGCCUUGGGCCACUUCCUCUCUGAAGUCUUUAUCUACGGCACAGCAGCUGCAACAAUUGGUGUCCUGGCACCUCUCAUGGUAGCAAGUUUCUCCAUCCUAGGCAUGCUUAUUGGGCUGCAGUACCUGGAAGUGGAAGCAGCAUCACAGAAUAAGAAACGGAACUGAAGCUACAGCUCCUGUACACGUUGCACAUCUGCCUUCCGGCCGUCUUCAAGAGUCCAUUAUCUCCAAGUGUUACAUUCCUGACCUUUCCUCCUCACUCUGUAGUCUAAUAUCAGUCAGAUCCGUUUUGGUUUCAGACUUUUCCAUCAGUCAUCUCCUCAUUUUCAGUUGAUUUUGAUCUGAGCAGGCAACACUUGAUCUGUGACCAUUGGCAGAAGCCUAGCCCUGAGCAGCUGCUCCAGGCUAGAUAAAGGUUUCCCUGGUGGAGGCCACUGUCAUAAAGCGUCUUCAGCUUUGAAUGGUGGAAAGAGGACCUCUCCGUAAUCGUGCCAAGCACUGGUAAUAAUUUCUCUCUCUAGCACAUCCCAGCAGAGAAGAAAUGUCAUACUGCCAAAGAUCCACUGGAGAUUGUUCUAGAAAGACAGUACUAACUGUACUUUUUGGUGGCACGUAGUACGCCUGUGCAUUUGUCCAUAAGCAUGAUUUGUAAUAAACAAGGGAAAAUUGUGCAAA